AAUUGCCAUCAUAAGCAUAUAGGAGAGCUGGAAGUACUUUGCUUCUCCCAGGAUCUCAGAGCCAAUGUUUCUCUUGGGAGACAGGGCUCUGGCUUGGGAGCUGCCUUGGUUCAUAUGCUGUGCUGUUUGGCAUGUUUGGAUCUCCGAGUCUGGUCCCAUUUCAUUUUCUGUGUGCUAACUCGUCAGCAGAUGCCUCUGUCUGGUUCUAGAGAACCAGGAGCCCAUAUUUCCAAGAUCAAGAUUAGAGCCUUGUUUGUCACUGAAAUGUCCCAUUGGGCACAGUCCAUUUUCUCCUGGAAAGCAGGAUGCUUCUGUGUACGGGUUCCCACCUGGGAAAUGCAGUCAGGAGAGGAAAGCUUGGGUCAGCUCGCUGUGGACUGAUGAUGGAUUCCUGACUGCAGGGCCACCUUACUGGAUUGUCCAUUCCCAUCAGCUCUGAACGCAUGCUAAGUAGCUAACUUGUCCUGCUGGUAGGGUGUGAAUGGGGAACUUCCUCAAGGCCACUUUGAAUUUUCCAUGUCAUGGCCUCCACAAACAGACAUCCACAGUCCUCCUGUUGUUUAUUUUCCCUUCCUUUCAAAAACCUACAUUCACAAUGAGAUUGGAAACCACUUUCUGCUAAGGGGUUGCAAUGGCUGCCACAGGUAUAAAUGUCCCUGCCUUUGAACCUGGGUCAGAGCCCUAAGCCAAAGAGGGACAGCCCCAAAUUGGCAUCUCAAAUACCACCCAGCAGGCGUGGGGGCGGGGGGUGGAGGUGAAGUUUCCCAGCAUCCCUGAAGCAACGCCCGCUGUCGCCAACCUUCUGUGAGCCCUGGCCAGUCCUGGCGCCUCCCUGAAUCCCUGGGUCGCUGCAAGGAGAGGUUGCUGAACGCCUGGGAAGUGUCUGUUGGACUGCAAGAUCUCCGAUCUGGCCGCUGUGUGGUUUCUCUUUUGUCUCCAAUGCAGGACAAAUAAGUCUCUGGAUAAGGGUAACCUUCUGUGACUGGACAGCCAGGGCUGUUGAGCUGUCUGCCAUCUCAAAACCCAGCUGUGAGCCAGCGUGGCAGGGGCUGUGCAUGGAAGCCAGGAGCUGGGCCCUCAGAAGGCAACUGUGCCCGCCGGGCAUCAUGCUGCUGGCCUUUGCCACUCUGCUCAGCUGCCUGCUCACCUCCGGCCAGGCCAAGGUCUACAGUCGCUGUGAGCUGGCCAGAGCCCUCCAGGAUUUCGGCAUGGAGGGAUACCGGGGAUACAGCAUGGCUGACUGGGUCUGUCUUGCUUACUUCACAAGUGGCUUCAAUACAGCUGCUGUGGACCAUGAAGCCGAUGGGAGCACCAACAAUGGCAUCUUCCAGAUCAGCAGCCGGAAGUGGUGCAAAAAUCUCAGCACAGAUGUCCCCAACUGGUGCCAGAUGUACUGCUCCGACUUGCUGAAUCCUAACCUUAAGGACACUGUCAUCUGUGCCAUGAAGAUAGCUCAACAGCCCCAGGGGCUGGCCAGCUGGGAGGCCUGGAGGCGUCACUGCCAGGGAAAGGACCUCAAGGACUGGGUGGAUGGCUGUGACUUGUAGGAUCCUCUGUGGAUGGACCGGGCCACGCACAGCAGGCUGGGAGAUGUGGUGUGGUCUCUGAUGCAGGCUUGGGAAGACAAGCCAACCAAUAAAGAGUGGUUUAACCCAA